CAUUAUGUAUUUAGUAAUAUAGUUAGUUCAGCAGCACAAUGUGAGCAAAGAAUCAUGACAAUAGUCUAUAGUGGUUGGGUCCUACAUAUUCUGGAUCCAGUUAGGUAUAUGUUUGGUGUUCAUAGGAAUACAUGAUUGUUUCUCGUAUAAGCAGCCUAGGGAAUGGGGCAGAGUGUCUGUUUCCUCUCUUGUGCUUUGGUUUCUUCUCUCCUUGGUGGAGUGGAAGAAAAGGACAAGAAUUUCCAACACAGCAAGAAAAAGCUGUGUUUCUUGUCUUUCUCCUCUGAUCUGUCUAUAACUCCUGCUGUGGCCCUCCCUUUGGGCCUUAAACUGUGUAUAUGUUGAAAGAAAGUCAUAUCGCCCUUGCUUCUUCAGGUAACAACUUCCCUGAUUCAUCUUCGAUUCAUUUGAGUCAAUUUGCACUAUACAUUUUGUUUAUUUGAAAAUUGCAACUUCUUAAGAACGAGAUAACAUGAGGUUAGUGCAAAAGGUAUCAACCAGAUAUUUCAUUCGAGAUACCUCAGUUCUGAUACUUCAAUCAGAUGGCAUGAACGGAUGGACCUAAAAUGUGCUAAUCCAAUCCAUCAAUGAUCUUACGUAUGCAUAUACAUUACCUUGUAUGGCAUGAAUUUUUGGUGAUAAUAUAGUUGCAUCCGAAUUCUGACAGUGCCAACCUAAACCUUCUUGCGUUAGCCUACUUUCAACUGCUGGCAGUACACUUCGUUGCUACCCUGGUCAUAUUUCAAAUCCCACCAACUGUGUUCCAAGGAGUUGAUGUGUCUGGAAAGGCUUCUCCAGGGCAGUACUUUCCAUAUGUCAGCUGCGACCUGAACUUGUUGAUCUAGUUUUAGUUUGGCUUUGUUGCACCGGAUGCUUGAAUUGUUCUCUUAUCACAAGAUAGUGAACCGGCUACGAGGUCGUAUAGAAAAGUAUUUUCCAUAUCUAGGAGCCAGGGUUUUCAGCUUGUUCCCAUAAAGGCCAUCAUUGAUGUGUUAUAUAGUUGCAUCCGAAUCCAUAUAUUCAUUAGAAUAUAUAAUUUCUUUGAUGUGUCGUAUGAAAAAAGUGAACUAUUGCAAUUUAGUACUGCCAUAUAUCAAGAAUUCCAUGAUAGAGCAACGGGAGAGUAAAACCUGCGGACACCAAACUAAUACUACUAAAGUUGACUAGUCUCUUGAGUCUGAAUUAACAUAACAGCGGGUCCAUGUUACUAUGUUAGCGGAGUUUACAUUUUGCGCCACGCAGUAAGUUCUUGUUUUACUUAUCAUUCUAAUGUUUUUAUCUUCUACUCCCUCCGUAAAGGAAAAUUGCUGGAUUGCUGUCAAGCCAAAUUAUUUCUUUACGGAGGGAGUACAAGUUAUGCUGGAUUGCUGUCAAGCCAAAUUAUUUAGCAGAGUGCCUUAUCACCAUUGUAGUUGCAUAUUUGCAUUGUGAACUAAUUGCUGCUGUGGUAUUAUCAUGCAGUAGAAGACAGGCCAAAAGUUACUUUGGAUUUGUUUGAAGUUCAAGCUAGGCCAUCAUUAAUCUUGGUCGUUAGCAAUUUAAGAAAGGGUCUAGUAAUUUUUUGUUGAUCUCACAGUAAUGCAAUUUUUCUGAACCGCAGGAACUUAGAUUGUGUGAUCAAGUAUGCUAGCUGCAGAUAGCAAUGCAGGGCACAAUAGGCAAUCGACACGCCCCAAAAGUGGCUAUGAACCUUCAGAUACAGAAACUGAGUGGCAUGAUAGCCCUUGGAAUGAUGCAAUAUUGAAAUCACAGCGGACUCGGUUGCCUAAAGAUCCUGCUAAGGACCCCCAAGUUGGUGCUAGAAGGCAAAACACAUCUCCUAACCGUGUAAGAGAUUAUCCUGACGAGAAAACUUCAAGCUUGAGGAAUAAUCGUACUCCGCCCAGGGUCACCGAACAGAGGCGCCAUACUUCCCCAUAUGCUGGUGGAAACAAUGAAUCACGCAAGAAGAGCAGCCGGACACCUCCCAGAUUUCGGUCUUCUAUGGAAAAAUUUAGUCGAUCGUCGAUCAAGGAGAGGAUAUCCCGUAGCCGGUCAAUUUCUACACCGAAACUACGACCUCAUGAGAAGGAGCAUCCUUCUAGAGUUCCUGCAUUCCGUGGCACUCCUGUCUCAACACAGGUAGAAAGAGACUCAAUUGAUGUUAUGAAAGGUGGUUCACAUGCAGAAAAUUGUUCCCCAGAGAUCAAUGAGUUAGUUGCAAAUAGCAAGGGGCCUAGUUCCAAACAUAAUGAGUACACAUGUACAAGCACAGAGUCUGCAGGUGACAUCUUCUUCUCCCGUGACUGUAGGGCCCCGCUUGCGAAAACAUUAGUAAAGAAUAACAGUAUUGACAAAUCCUUCACCUCUGAUUCAAACGUCGAUGAUGCUGAUGUUACUCAAGCAAAUAGCAAUAAUUUGGGCCGGACAUCACAGUUUGUUUCAGUCAGGACUGGUUUUUCACGAACUACAAACACCGGCUAUGCUAAUGGUCGGCACUCCCAAGUUAGCAGUGGCACCACUUUGAGUAGGCGGUUAAACAGUGACCGGUUUAGUGGGGACAGUGGAAAGUUCAGUGAUUUCACUGGGAAACUAGUUGGAGGCGUCAUGAAAUUCACCUCUAGCAGGCAGAAGACCCAAAAUGAUGCUUGGUUUCCAUGUGUGAUUGGAAAGUCAUGUCGUAAACCAGAACCGACGAACCACAAAACAAAUGAUGAUUCUGAAUCAACUUUUAUUCGGAAGGCACUUGUUGUGGAGAAGAUUAGACUUUUCUGGGCUGAUAAAUAUCGUCCACGGACUUUGAGUGGAUUUACUUGUCACAGGGAGCAAGUUCAACAGCUUAAGCAAUUGAUCUCCCCUGAGUUUUGCCCUCAUAUCAUUCUCAAAGGGCCUCCAGGAUCAGGAAAGAGAUCAUUAUGCAGAGCAGUACUCACUGAGAUCUUUGGUGAUUCCUCUCUGAAUGUAUCUCACUAUUUGAAGAGUUGCAAUGCCCAGGGACCUGCAUCUGCCCCCAUUUUUGUCCCAUUGUCAUCAAGUGAUCACCAUGUCGAACUCAAUAUGAGGUCUCAAUCCAAGAAUGCCAGAUAUGCUUUGACAGCUCUGGCAAAUGAAAUGUCAAGUAAGCAUAAAAUCACUGAGAUAUCUGCAACAAAGAACUUCAAAGUUAUUGUUCUCUAUGAUGUUGACAAAGUUAGUGAGAAUAAUCAGCGUUUGAUAAAAUGGAUAAUCGAUUCCUCCUCUGAUUCAUGCAAGAUAAUAAUGACUUGCCAAGAUGGGCCCCAUCUUCUUGAUUCUAUUACAAACCGUUGUAAGCUUAUUAGCAUUGGUGUGCCAAAUACACGUGAGGUUGUGGAGGUUCUCAAUCACAUAUCAAAAAGAGAGAGUUUCGAUCUCCCCGCAAGUUUGGCUUACACCAUUGCGACUCGAUCCGCGCACAACAUGAGGGAGGCGAUAUUGGCUCUGGAGGCAUGCAAAGCUAACAAUUACCCCUUUGUUGAUGGACAAGCUAUACCGCUAGGAUGGCAUGGUGUUCUUGAGGAACUCGCAGCAGAAAUUUUAGAAGAUCCUUCUCCCAAAAGGUUGUUUUUGGUACGAGGCAAGCUCCAAAAACUUUUGGUUGAAUCCGUGCCUCCUAAACUUGUUCUCCAGAAACUUGUAGAGCUUUUCCUAAAGGGAAUCCAUGCUAACAUAAAGAGAGAUGUUUAUUACUGGCACGCCUACUACGAUAAGAGGUUGCCAGCUGGAGCCAGUGCACUGCUGAAACUGGAAGAAUUUAUCGCCAAGUUCAUGAGCAUCCACCGGAAGAGCUUGGCAGCCGAUUCAUGAAGACUCCACUAGACCAUCCGAGAAAAUUUGGCAUGCCUGCACGCAGUUCAGCUGAACCCUGCAGCCAGUAUGUAUUUGGUUCACCAGUCAUGGAGCCUGCCGGCGUUCAUAGUAGAAGUAUUUUGGAGUGGGGAAACGAGAUGAAACGAAACGGGGACUGAAACCAGUCCGUUGUGCAGUAAGCCUAUGCUAUGUACAGUACUCCCUCUGUCCGAAAAUACUUGUCAUCAAAAUGGAUAAAAAAAGAUGUAUCUAAAACUAAAAUACGUCUAGAUACAUCCCUUUUAUCCAUUUUGAUGACAAGUAUUUCUGGACGGAGGGAGUACAUGUGUUUUUUGUGCAUUUGGUCCGUGUCUGUACUCGACGAGUCUAUUAUGCAUUUUCACAUCGGCGGAUUUGGAAUGUGAAGGAAUAGAACUUCACAGGUGUUUGAAGUUUGAGUAUAUGUGGAGUCGUUUGCUAGAGCAUCUUAAGGGCAAUGGUCAAAUUUGACGUCCCAUAUGUCCGCGGACAUGGCAAUAGUCAAAUUUGGCACUCUGUAUGUUCGUGGACAUCAGGUGUCGAGC